AUGUUUAGCAAAUAUGGCAUAAUACUGUCCUGCAAAGUAGUCAAUGAUGAAAAUGGAAAGAGCAAAUGUUUUGGAUUUGUUAAAUUUGAAACACAAAAUUCUGCCAUUUUUGCUAUCAAUUUCGUCUAUGGAGUAGUGUUUGAAGGGAAGAAAUUAUAUGUAACUACAUUUAUGAAGAAAGAAGAGAGGGCGAUGGAUGCAUUUAAAGAGCAAAAAUUCACUAAUCUAGCUUUGUAUAUGAAAAACUUCGGUUGCAAUCUAACAGAGUAUCUCCUAAGGGAGAAAUUCUCCAAAUAUGGGAAGGUCAAUAAUACUAUGAUUGGCUUUGUCAACUUUGAUUCAAUGCUAGGAAGACAGUUGAGACUCUUAAUGGUCAACUAA